CCGAAUACAACAUAAAGUGUUGGCUGUGUCGACAUGCAAGUCCCCCUUUGUCUUCGGUUUGCUGUCGAGUGUCUGAAAACCCGACUUACUGUUGACGUGUUGGCGCAAAUCUUUCUGCGUUCUGCAACAUAUGGGGAUCCCUGUGGUCGAGAACUUCUCACUGGUUUAACGAUCCAUUGACUGUCGUGUAUCCGGGUUUCUGGCUCAUCUAUUACCUCAUCGCCCGAUAAUUACUGGUUUUUGAAACAGACUUUGGUAAUUAUGGUACCUUACCCCUUUCUGUCAUCCACUCAGACAUUCCAAGGCACAAAUUCAGGCAGCAACGGUUUUUCCCGGGCCAAGCUUUCGCAGCUCGGCCAGCGGACCGUCUUGAUUUCGCGGCAAUUUGGAGAUUUGGCGACGACCGUUCACGAGAAGCUUCAAAGCUCACCUCACCCCACGUCCGCUGCGCAAACAACCCACCACCACCGCCGCAACCGUCGCCAUGACUGCACCGUCCUUGUACAACGCCGUCGUCAAGCGGCCGUGGCUCCUUAAAUUGCUCCAGCCAGUCGCCAACUGGUACACCAAUGCCGCUGGCUACCGUCAGAUGGGUCUCCGCGCCGACGACCUCAUCUCGGAGGAGAACGAAACGGUGCUCAAGGCGCUGCGCCGGCUGCCGCCCAAGGAGAGCUACGACCGCGUCUACCGGAUCCGGCGCGCGACGCAGCUCAGCCUGCAGCACAAGAUCCUGCCCAGGUCCGAGUGGACCAAGCCCGAGGAGGACGUGCCCUACCUGACGCCCAUCCUGGAGCAGCUCGCCGCCGAGGCCAAGGAGCGCGAAGCCCUCGACACCAUGACCGUUCUCAAGAAGCACUAGAUGACGGGAAGGAGGACGAUAUGAUGUGUUGGACGGAGGGGAGAGGGGCGACGAAUGGGCGCCGGGGUGGAUGAAUUGAACGGAUGCGCGGAGGUUAGAGGGAGGGCGCAGCAACUGUACUUUUACGCGGUGGUCCACUGGAGUACGCCGAUGGGCAAAGAGAGAAGGC